AUGCGGAGACUUUGUCUCCUCUUGGUCUUGGCCAUACGGUCAGGAUCCCCUCAGGCUUCCGAUUAUGACGAUGCUCCUCCUGAAAGAUUUCAAGAAUUUUCAGCUGGGAAAGGAGGUAAGAGUAAAGGAUAGAGAGCUGACCCCAUGACUUACAGAAAAGGGUCUCUUUACCAGCAUCUUCGAUCUGGCCAAGCACUCUGAUAUCCGAGCUACCUCAACUUGUGGCCAUCAUGGUCCAGAAGAGUAUUGUAAACUGACAGAACAUGUCUAUUUACGUCGUCCUCAAUGUGAUAUUUGUGAUGCGAAUGGUAAAGAUAAGAACCAUCCCAUUGAUUAUGCAAUUGACGGCACUUGGCGUUGGUGGCAGAGUCCCAGUUUGGCCAAUGGAUUGUCCUACGAGAAGGUGAACAUCACGUUGGAUCUGAGACAAGAGUACCAUGUUGCUUAUAUCAUUGUCAAAUCGGCCAUUUCUCCUCGCCCCGGAACCUGGGUUCUGGAGAGAUCUCUGGAUGGAAUCACUUACACUCCUUGGCAGUACUUCGCUCGCCAUGAUGCCGAAUGUAUGAGACAAUUCGGAGUUCCGGCGAGUGUUGGGGUCACUCGAUUCAGCAGCGAUUCUGAAGUUAUUUGCACCUCAUAUUAUUCCAAAUUAGAUCCCAUGGAAAGGGGAGAGAUCUACACUUCGCUUGUGAAUGGUCGACCGAGUGCCGAACAGCCUUCGGAAGAGCUUCAGAACUUUACAAGAGCUCGAUUUGUUAGACUGAGGCUUCUAAGUCUGCGAACCAUGAAUGCGGACAUCAUGGUGAUCAACAGGAAGGACGAGAAACUCGAUUAUUCGGUCACUCGGAGAUACUUUUAUUCCAUUUCUGAUAUCAGUAUUGGUGGACAAUGUAUUUGUUCGGGCCAUGCCGAGAAAUGUCGGCCAGAUCCUGUUCAUGGAGUAAGUAAACUGCACAUAGUAAUAAUUAAAAUAUUUGACAGCAAUUCCGAUGUGAAUGUCGACACAAUACUUGCGGCGAGAAUUGUAACGAAUGCUGUCCUCUGUUCAACCAGUUACCUUUCCGAAAAGGAACCCAUUACGUCCCCAAUGUCUGUGAACGUAAGUCCAUUACGUUCGAUUACAGUAACCUUACAGAAUGCCAAUGUUUCAACCAUGCUGAUCGUUGUGAAUAUGAUGAAAGUGUGGCCGAACAGAAGCUCAGUGUGACUCCGGAGGGAAGAUACGAAGGCGGUGGAAGAUGUGUGGAUUGCAAAGCAAGUUUAAGGACAUUAACUCGUAUUGCAACUGAAAUAUUAGUCUGUCUGGAAAAUAAUUUGGAUUCGUCGCGCCUUGAAUUUUUGCUGCGAGAAAGCCACAUUAUUUUCCCGACAGACUGAUAUUACAUGUAUAAUAUUAUAAUAUUUAUUUUUCAGCAUAACACUGAAGGCAUUAAUUGUGAGAGAUGUAAGAAGGAGUUCUAUCGCCCAGCCAACGUCUCCCAUUACCAACCAGACUCCUGCCGACCUUGUGAUUGUGACCCAGAUGGAUCUGAACACAACGAAUGUGUCCCCGACCAAACUUCUGCUACAAAUGAUCUUGUAAGUCUACUAAAGAAUGGCUUAGUGUUUUUUAGAAGCCUGGAGAUUGUAUUUGCAAACCUGGCUUUGGUGGUCGACGUUGUGAUCGCUGUGCUCCUGGCUACCGUAAUCAUCCCGUCUGCGAUCGAUGCCCUUGUAAUCAAGCUGGGUCUCUCAAUUUUGAGACCUGUGAGGAGACGAAUUGCAUCUGUAAAAGGAAUGUGGAAGGAGAAUUCUGCGAUCGUUGUAAGGCCGGGACCAUUUAUUUGUCCAAGGAUAACCCCGAAGGUUGCCAAGCUUGUUUCUGCUUCGGGAAGAGUGGGGAAUGCCGAGAACAAAAGUGGAUUACGAGUCAAGUAAGGACCCUUAUACGAGCAAUUAUUAUUUUAAGAUCAAUGAUUUGAACAAUUGGACGCUUACUGAUGUUCAUGGCCAAGUCAACGAGCCAGUCAAGUCGACCGCAACUGAACUUUUAAUCUUUAACUCGGACCAUUACCCCGACCGUCAACAGAAUCUCUUUUAUUUCAAUGCUCCGAAGGCUUAUACUGGUAGUUUGUUGCAUAGUUAUGGGUCGAAUCUCCAUUACUUUGUCUAUUAUGUGCCCAAUGACAGAGGAGGUCAUCCCUUCAGUCUAGCCGAUAUCAUUCUUGAAGUAAGUGACGAAUUGGAAGUAUUGGAUGACUGUCAACAAAAUAGUCCAAGUUUGACAACAUUAUGACAAAUAUUUUUUUAGGGAAAUGGGAAAAGAAUUGAAUAUCAUACUCGUUUGAACUUCUUUGCCCGAGAGAAUAUCAGCGUAACGAUUCCUUUCAAGGAAACUGGCUGGUAUGAGUCUUCUCAACUUCAGCCAGUCCGGAAAUCAGAAUUCAUGGAAGUCUUGGCACAUGUGGAUGUGUUCAAGGUCCGUGCCAGGUACCAUCAGGAUCAAUUGGAGAGCAGGUAACUCUUUAUACAAUAAAUCAAAUAACAUCAUCCCUCUAUUACUCUCUAAUAUUACAAGAUACAAUAUUAUAUUACUGGCAUUACAGUAAUCCUGAUUUAUAAUCUUGAGAGAUUUUUUCGCCGUUUUGUGGUCAGAUGAUUCAGAAGCCGCAAAUGUCGGACAAAAUUGUUUCCCAAAAUAUCGUCUUGUUGUGAGUCAAAUAACUGAAAAAAUAGGAUAACUCAAGUUACCUUGGACUUACAUUCCUCUUGAAAUCUCUCUUAAUCAUACUCUCCAUGCUACUCACAUCCUCCAUUGUGAUUGUUCGACAAUUACAAUUUGAGCAAAGGAACAGGUAGACGACCAAAUAGAACCACCACAUAACUAAUGUCAUCUUUAACGAAUGACCCGACCAAACUGGGUCAGGACUUGCAUGCAAGGAGUAUCAAAUUUAACUCCACCCUCUUAAUAAAACUGAUGCAUUUAUGGAGAGUGAUGGGGGACUAUAGAGUUUCAACUCAAUCCUCUUCUUUCCAGCAUCUACGGGUUCACGUUGGAGACGGCCAAGCCCGCAGGCAAUCGACCAGAUGCCGAGGUCUACAUCCCCCAAUUGGUGCAACGACAUCCAGUGGAGGUCUGCGAAUGUCCCGAACACUUCCAAGGCUCCAGUUGUGAGGUAGGAGGACAUCCCCAUCUUAUCUAUCCGGUUUCCAGGCAUGUGACGUCGGGUUCCGUCAAGUGAACAACCGCAUCCAGGACGGGGUCUGCGAGAGAUGCAACUGUCAAGGGCACACCGACCAAUGCGAUCCCUUCACCGGACAUUGUUUAUCUUGUCAACACAACACCACCGGCACUCAAUGUGAGCACUGUUUGCCCGGAUACUACGGUAAUCCCUUGUUGGAAGGUGUUCUCGGCGCUUGUAGGCCUUGUGCUUGUCCUUCUGUCCACAACUCCCACUCUCCAAGUUGUUCUCUGAAUCAACUUAAUGCUGAGGGGGCUGUUUCUGGACAAGAUGAAUACAUUUGCACUGCCUGCGAGCAAGGCUAUGAUGGAAGUAAAUGCGAAUAGUAAGCACGAACGGAGUAACAAUAACAAUGCUUUAGUUGUGCUGACGGAUACUUUGGAGAUCCUUUGACCGAGAACGGAAACUGCACCGCCUGUGAUUGCAAUGGGAAUGUGGAUCCAAUGGAAAUCGGAAACUGUGACCGAUUGACCGGGAAAUGUCUUAAUUGCAUUCAUCACACAGCCGGGGAUCAUUGCGAAGUCUGUGAGGAAAACCAUUGGGGAUCAGCCCUGAGGCAUGCCUGUUAUCCCUGCAACUGUCAUUCCCUCGGUGCUGUCUCGUCUCAAUGUAAUCUGGACACUGGAGUCUGCGAAUGUGUAGAAGGAUACACGGGAGAGAGGUGUGAUAGAUGCCUGCCUGGCCAUGGAGAUGUCGAGAAUUACUGCCCCCCUUGUAAUUGCAAUGCCAUUGGAUCUGCGGGUGAGAAUUGUGAUGAAUCCUCGGGUCAAUGUCUGUGCAAGCAAGGGGUCUAUGGGAAACAAUGUGACCGAUGUGCUCCCGGAUAUUACGAGUUCUCCGAGAGUGGCUGCACUUACUGUCAAUGCAAUGCUUUUGGAUCAAUCGAAGGUCAGAUUUGCAACAAUGUGACCGGAGAAUGUCAAUGUCAACAGAAUGUUCAAGGAAAUCGAUGCGAGGAGUGUGUUCCGGGCUUCUUUAAUAUCACAUCUGGAGAGGGAUGCCAAGCCUGUGAGUGUGAUGCGAUUGGAGCCGAAGACAAAACUUGUGAUUUGGUCAGUGGUCAAUGCAGAUGCAAACCUGGCGUUACUGGACUCAAAUGUGACAAAUGCGCUCCAAAUUAUUUCGGAUUAAACGCCGAUGGAUGUAAACGUGAGCCCUUAAACAUGAUUACAAAACGUUUUUUAGAGUGUCAAGUAUGUCCGGCGCCGGGUCAAGUCUGUGACUCAGUGACAGGAGAAUGUGUUUGUCCACCAAAUACAGUUGGAGAAAUCUGCGAAGCCUGUGCUCCCAAUGCUUGGAAUUACGAUCCAUUAAAGGGAUGUGAGCUCUGCAGUUGUAAUGGGAUCGGGGCCGACGGGUCUGAAUGUGAAUCCAAGACUGGGCAAUGCAAAUGCAAAUCGGGGUAUGUGGGCCAUCAGUGUGAUCGAUGUGAGCCCGGAUACUUCAACUUCCCUAAUUGUGAAAAGUGUAACUGUAAUCCGGAUGGCACUGAACCCACGGAAUGCCGAGGCGACAGCUGUUUGUGUACAAAUGAAGGGCAGUGUCUUUGUAAAGUAAGUUUCUGUCCUAUAUUCAAUUUAUUUGGCAUUUCGAGCCUUUAAACAUUUUUUUUCAGAAGCAUGUCACGGGUCUGAAGUGUGAUCAAUGUGUUGCAAAUUCGUUCAGUUUAGACAAGACCAAUCCCCAAGGAUGCACUGAAUGUUUCUGUUUCAACAAAACCAACUUCUGUGUCCAAUCAAAUCGAGUGUGGUCUCAAGUCUACGCCCCAGAAAGGAAGGUCACCUUUGAUACUCCUUUCGACAUUUACAUCCGCAGACACAACAUCCAUAUUCUCAAGUCCCAACCGUUGAAUUACAACUCUUAUCCAACCAAUCACACUCCUUUAUAUUGGCCUUUACCAGAGCAAUUCUUAGGAGAUCGCACUGCUUCCUACAAUGGAUUCCUCAGAUUCCGUGUUCAGAGUGAUGACAAUAACAGAGGAUUCAAGAAUGUUCCUCCGGAGCCUCAAUUCUUCUACGCUUAUCCUCAGGUCAUCUUGGUUGGAAAUCAUCGACUGGAGCUGGAACAUGUUCCCGUUGAGAUCUCACUAGACGGAAAGUACAAGGUUAAAUUGCAUGAAACAAACUGGAGAAACCGAAUCACCCCGCAGAUUCCCGUUACUAGGAAACAAUUGAUGAUUGCUCUUCAGAAUGUCCAGGGUAUCUACAUCAGAGGAACCUACACCAUCCUCCACAGACUCGACUCCAUCAACUUGAGUGAAGUCUCCCUGGAUGUUGCUGUGGAGUCCAGUGAAACAGAUUCCGAAGCAGUCGCUAUAGGUGUUGAGCAAUGUGGAGAUUGCCCUGAAGGGCAUGCUGGCCUUUCCUGUCAAAAUCCAGCGGAUGGGUUCACCAGAACACGGCCCGCCGGAUACCUGAAUGAUCCAGAUGACAUUGUCCUUGUGGGCAAUGUCACCCGAUGUGCUUGCAAUUCCCACUCCGAAGUCUGUCACCCCGAGACCGGAAGAUGUCAAGAAUGCGCCCACAACACAGUUGGAGACUUCUGUGAUUUGUGUAAACCAGGAUAUUAUGGUAACGCAACCAAAGGGCAACCUGAUUCAUGCAAGAAAUGCGCAUGCCCAAGUCUAGAGAACUCUUUCUCAGCCACCUGCAGACCCACUAACAAUGGAAAUGAUUACAUUUGUGAUGCCUGCAAACCUGGAUACACGGGAAAGUACUGUGAAAUGUGUCUUCCAGGCUUUUAUGGCCAACCCAGUCAAGUGGGUGGAUCAUGCCAACCAUGUUCCUGCCAUCCACAUGGCAGUGCUCAUCAUGUUUGUAACAAUGUGACUGGACAGUGUCAAUGUCAGAGUGGCGUCGAAGGCAGAGACUGCUCUGUGUGCAGCCCACGGAAUGCAUUUAUGAAUGGAGUCUGCAGUUGUAAGUUCAAUUAAAAAAUACUGUCAUGUCUUCCUCAUCCCCAAGAUAUAAUUUAUUUGUACAGCUUGCGAUCAAGGAUGCUACAAAGACCUCAUGCUUCUCGAGGAUUACAUGGAGAAUCAGAUAAUCUCGGUGGGAGAUUUGACUGAUAUUAAGCCAAUCCCCAGGAAACGACUGAAUAGAAUUGAGAACACGGCAAAGAGUAAGUAACAUGGAACUUUAUAGUUAUGUUAAUUGCAGCACUGAACGAAUUGCUGGAUACAAUUAAGUCAUCAGAGAGCGCCGCCCAGGAUCUUCUAACUGGAUUUUCUAAUGAGAAUCGGCAUUUAAAGCAGGCCGGAUUAGUGGAACAAGAAUUUAAAUUACUGAAUGAGAAGAACCAGGAUUCUAUAGAAAAGUUAGCAGCUCUGAAAAAAGACCUCGACGAAGUCAGGAAAAGCAUUUUCGGUACCAACCAGAAGGUCAACCAAAUUCAUCACGACCUGGAUCAGUUCUCCAAGACAUUUGAGAACACCAAGACGGACCCUGCCACCCAAAUUCAUUACCUCCAAUCUCAGGCCGACAGAUACUUGGAAAUGGUGAAAGAGAGAUCAGAAAAUAUUGAUAAACAAUACAACUAUGCCAAAAAGAAUGCCGAAGACGCGGACAGCCUUCUGAAAGAGAUAUUCUCCAAGAAAUUGGACGAGAACAUUUAUGAAACCGUGAAGAAUAAUUCAGACAAGUAUCAGAAACUGGUGAAAGAUUACAGAAAUGCGAUCUGGGAUAAAGGAAGAACCAAGGCUCUGGAUGCAAGGACUCUGACCACCUAUGUGCAGAGCAGACUGGAUGACUUAAACCGGCUUGUUAAUGCUAUAAACAUGGAUAAAAAAGAAGCCGAAGGAAAACUUCAAAAUGCACAGGAUAAUGUAGAGAAAUUGAAGAAGUUGAGCAAGGAAAUUCAUGAGGACAGUCAUGAAAUCAGUGAACAGAAGCUGCCCGAGUUAAAAGAAGUCAAACAACAGCUGUCAAAUACCGUCACCGACUACUCCGAAGCCCUGAAUGAUCAUCAACAGAAGUUGUACGAAGCCCAACGACAUGCCAGUAACCUGGAUGUGGAAGCGAUGAAGCUCAAACAGUUAUUUUCUGAAACCAAGACCUACUCUACACCAGCAUUAGCUGCUUCCACUGCUUAUCAGGAGAUUGUAGAUGCUAUGAAGAACGCCAGUAGCGCUGCAUCCAAAGCAGCAGAAGAUGCUGAAGCUGCAAGAAAAUUGGUUGAUCCCUCUAAUGCCGACUCUAUUGUUACUCUGGCACAACAAACGCUGAAGCAGAACGACGACCUUCAAAGGGCUGUCUUCGAUUCCCAAGUAAAGGAUGACUAUGUGGUGGAAAACAACCAAAAACUUAACGAAAUCCUGAAAAAGCUGGAUGGAAUCGAAACUAAUGUCCAUAGUAAUAUCAGCAAGAUCAAGGUCGACCAAGAGCUUUUCGAUGAUCAUCACGAACGCGUCAACACUGUCUACAACAAUGUUGAUACUGCUCAAAAAACGGUUCAGGAAGCAGAAAAGAAGCUGGGAAGUCUCUUCGACGACGUCCGGGCAUUGGAUUCCAGAGUCAAAUCGGUUGGGAAUAUUGACGAGAAUACCAUCAAAGAGAGUAUUGCAAAUGGUAGAGUUAUUAACACAAAAAUAUAAUCAUUUCAGUUUCCAACGUCGCUUCAUCCAUUCAAACAAUGGCCGAGAAAUUGGCAGAAGUUAGAGAAAGGUCAGCAGCUCAUGAAGGUCAGAUAACAGAUAUAAAGAGAAAUCUGAAUGUCUUGAAGGAAAAGAUUAACGAGGCCAGAGAGAAAGCGUCAAGGGUAACACAUUUCCACAGUAACCAGCAUCAGAAUUUUCCAGAUUAAAAUCGCCGUCAAGUCUGACGAAGAGACCGAUUGUAGCCGAGAAUACAUCUCCCCGAUGAAUCCUUCUCCCUCAAACACCAUCAGCCUCAAAUAUAGACCAGCUUUGGAAUCUCCUGAUUCUCUGAUCUUCUUCACCGCGACAAAGGGAACGCGAACAGUAAGUGAUUGAGAGACCACUCAAUUCUUUCAGCAAAACCGUGAGUAUUUGGCUGUGGAAAUGAAGAGCAAGAAGAUCCAUAUCCAUUGGGAUAUUGGGGCCGGUAGGAGAGAUGCGGCCAUCGUGAAGCGAAGCAUCAUCCACGUACCAGCGUCGGAUCGAUUUACUUGGUAUCACAUCGAAAUAAACCGAAUUGGAAAUUCCAUCAAGGCUUCAGUGGUGCUGACCCAAACAGCCAGUGGAGAGGGCUCCAAAAAUGUGGAUGAACCUACUGAGAUAACAGUCGGAGAUCCCGACGUCAAUGGAGAUCUCUACUUGAACACAAACCCUGGCUACACCAAGAUCUAUAUCGGUCAUCCAGACCCAAAAACGGCAGAGGACCUUGGAUUUGCCACCAAUAAGUUCCGUGGAAUCCUCGGAGAGAUGACUGUGGAUGGUGUGAAUGUUCCCCUCUGGGUGUUCGACGCCUCUACUGGACGUUGUGAUGGGGCAGCGGGUGUUCCCACUGCGGCAAGCAGUGGACACAUGUUCCGAAAUGGAUUUGCCCAGAUCAGAAUGCCUAUGACUGAGCGAGCUAACACCAUGAUCAGUGUUGUCUUCAGCGCCUACUCUAAGAACGGCUUACUGUACUUCCGUGGAAGUCCUGAGACAAAAGACUUCUUGGCGAUUCAACUUGAGAAUGGCCAUGUUGUCUUGAAGGCCCGUAUUGGCGGAAAGGCUGUCGUCACGCUAAAAUCAGUACUCAAUUCGUAUGCCGACGGACGAGCUCAUAAGAUUAGAACCAUCCGAAAAGACCAAGAAGUUCAUCUUCAUGUUGAUGAGGGAGCUGGUCAGGACAAGGUCUCAUCCAGAGUGGACGGCGAUGACAGUCUUAUCCUGCAGAUCCAGAACAACGAACAUUAUGUGGGCGGAGUCCCUCCUGAUUUCAAUAAAUCUGUCUUCGAAGCCGACGAAAUUAAUUUCCAAGGAUUCUUUGGUUGUAUUCAGGCAGUAAGGCCAACCCAAGUCAACGAACUCGACCUCGAUCAUCCAGUCCGAUCUCAAAGAAAGGAAGCUGGCUGCACUUUCUCAGAACAACGUCUCACUCCCAAGGAACAUGUCAUUGGAUUUAGUGAACCAGGCUACUUGUUGGCUAAAGGAUUCACCCUAGGCCCCGAAUCUGCUUUCUCUUUCAACUUCCGAAGCAAGAAACCAGAUGGCCUUCUGCUUUACCAGUCAGGAGAUAUUUCUGAAAGAAGUAGAAGAAGCGCUGCAGACUCUUAUUUGGCCGUCUAUCUUGUCCAAGGACAAGUGAUAGUCCAGCUGAAGACAGAGAAUGGAGUGAAGGCCACAGUUCGGUCCGAACAGACAUACGACGACUUUCUUCCUCAUUCCAUCUUCUUGGCCAGAAAUGCCGGGCGGUAAGUCUAAAGUAAUACGAAAUGAUAAUAAAUUACAGGGUUGUUGUCCGAAUUGAUGACCACGAGUCGCUUGCGGUGGCUUUGGACGACAAUGGGGUUAUUGGAUCAGAGUCCGCCGCCUUGAACCUCGGAGGUUUAAAAGCUGGGAGCAACGAUCCACCAACCAGUCAAGGAACCGCUGCGCCGUUCAUCGGAUGCCUUUCCAACUUCUAUGUCGACUACAAGUAAGCAACUGUGACAAACAAGAUAAUAGAAAAAGAAAGGGAAAACAGUCGUCGUCCAGAAUAAAAAAUAUGUUUCCCCAAAAAAGACAAUUAAGGAUAAAUUAUAGUAAAUGAGGCCUCAUUUACUAUAAAUUACCCUUGAGUGUGGAGAAGUUCAACUUUUGCUGUGUAGAGCAGGGUGUUUGACGAAAUUUUGAAAAAAAUUACACAGCUAUGCGUAAAAUUUCAGUGCAGUGCGUGUCGCCGAUUUCAGUUCGGCGAGUCUCCGGAACACUAGUCCGCGGAAGGACUAGUAAUUUGGAGUGAGCACAUGCGGAAAAAUAUUUUUUAUUUUGGGCUAUUUUGUUCCUGCGCGCGAAAACUUUAUUUCAAAAAACUAUUGACGAAAUGCCAAAAGGUUAAAAUGCCAUUAUCGACUUAUUGGUUACAUUUAGGAAGUUGACCGUGGUUCCCGAGGAACACCAAUCAAGUCUUGGAGUAUGUGAAUUUGAACCUAAGAUUGAGAUUCCGACAGGUAAGUUACUUCAAAUGCUUUCUUUCCCCUAUCUUCCCCUAAAUGCCCUUUCAUAUAGAAUCGGAAGAGAUUGAUGCCGAACCUCGAGGACACGAGCGACGUCAUUCCAAACAGAUCUUAACUGUCGAGAAGCCGCGGGGUAAGUUUGGCUUCCAACUUAACCCCACUUUACCCUAUCCAAUCCAUUAGGAGACACUUUUUCUAACAAGGGAAGUACUUGAAGUGCAUAGGAUUUUAACCUAAAAUUGAACUAGGGAGUCCCGAGUCAGAGGAGUUUCGAAACCGGUACGAAAAUUUAUUUUAUUAUACUAUAAGAUAAGACAAUAAAACUAGUAGAGUAAAAAUCCUAUGUCCACGGUUUUCCCACCGUGGAAAAAGCAUCUCUUGCAAGAAUAUGUCAAAUUUUUUUGCUUUAGUCCGACAUGAGACUUGUUACAAUGUUGAGGAUCGUACUCAACAGGUCUUCCACGAACAAGGAUAUAGAUUUGGAGUCACCUCUUCGGCUCAUGCCAGAAUCAACUUCCAAAAGCCUUAUCCUGACUACGACACUUUCGACCUUAGGUUUGACAUAAGAACCAAACAAAGACAUGGAAUCAUCUGGGCUUGGGCCAAUUACAAACAAUUCAACCGGUACUUCUACCUCUACACAUAUCGAGGGUUCUUGGCUUUGGAAGUGAAAGGCCACAGACAACCGAGAAAGAUCUACUACAAACAUCAGAAAGUCAAUGAUGAAUCCUGGCAUCAUGUUCAAUUAUCCAAACAAGGAAGAUCUCUGACAAUCCAAGUAGAUGAACAUCCAGCCGAACAAAUGAAUGAAGUCCCCAAUCCAAAGGUCAUGAAGAAGAGAAUGUUUGUGGGAGGAUUCAUUUCCAAACACAGAAGGCAGUUCAACAUCAGUAUCCCCACAUUCGAAGGUUGUCUUCGAGACUUUAACGUUAAUGGUGUUACCCAUGAUCUUUCUCUUGCUAGCAGAGAUCUUGUUGGAUGCGCCAAGUCCGUGGAUGCUGAUUACAUUCACAGUGGAGGAUUUGUCAUGUUCCGUAAGAUUUUUUACCUUAUUUUUGUUGGCUUAAAAGUGAAAAGGUUUGAUUUUUUUUAGAACCUCUCAUCAAAAUUGAUCCGAAGCCGGAGAUACGUCUUGGAAUAAGCGCCAAGACUACGGACACUAAGAAAGCACUCUUGAUUGGACUAUUUGAUCCAGAAGAACCCAAUCAUCACGAUCUUCAUGUCACUUUAACUAUCGAGGAUGGAGAGGCAAGUUAAUCAACCACUGAUGAAUAAUAUUCUUUAGCUUGUAUUCAAAGUCAAUCUCCUUCAACAUCGGCUCCAUCUUGAGAAGAAGUUGGAACUGCCUUUAUGUCCUCGUGAAUGGCAUCACAUCACCAUGCUGAUGGCUGAUCACACCGUCACCGUCUCCGUUGACGAUCGCCAGGUCAGAGUUCCGUUGAAGAUGACUAGAUUGGCAAUUGAACAAAUCAAACGACUAAAUGUUUUCUUGGGCGGAGCCACAACCCCCAUCCUUCAACAGUUGAAUGUGACAAGUAGUCAGGGAUGUGUGAAGUCAUGGGAAAUGCAGGGAGCAGUGACCUCAUUCAGCAAAGCCGUCAAGAGUCACAAGUUGGUCAGCAAUGGUUGUCCGUUCGAGUGA